AUGGCCGAGGAUGCAGCCGGAGCGGCGCACAAAGUACCAUUCGAUGGCACCGAGAUGGAUGAGCGGUUUCUGGGAAAGCCCGCCCCCGCCUUCCCUGGACACGAGGUCCCCGGAAGGAUGGUGGGCUACAUGCCACAGGUCCUGAACAGCCUGGACCUGACCGUGCCCCAGGGACACAUUUACGGGCUGCUGGGCCCGAGCGGCUGUGGGAAGACCACGCUCCUGAAGUGCAUUGUGGGGACGCUGAAGAUCGCACGCGGUCACAUCACAGUUCUGGGAAAGCCGCCCGCCUUCCCUGGACACGAGGUCCCCGGAAGGAUGGUGGGCUACAUGCCACAGGACCUGGCCCUGUACGAUGAGUUCACCAUCAGUGACACCCUCUGCUUCUUCAGCCGGAUACACGGACUGUCCUCCAAAGAGACCGAGGCCCGUCUGGACUUCCUCAUCGACUUCCUGAACCUUCCUCCCAGGAACCGCUUGAUCAGGAACCUCAGCGGGGGCCAGAGGAGGAGGGUAUCACUGGCCGCUGCGCUCCUGCAGAACCCUCCGCUGCUCAUCCUGGACGAGCCCACCGUGGGAGUGGACCCUGUCCUGCGAUCCAAGAUCUGGCAGCACCUGGUGGAGAUCGUGAGAGGAGGGCAGGUUUCGGUCAUCAUCACCACCCAUUAUAUUGAGGAGGCCAGGCAAGCCAAUGUGGUGGGGUUGAUGCGGAACGGACACCUGCUGGCCGAGGCUCCCCCAGACGCACUGAUGAAGCAGCACGGCGCGGCGACCUUGGAGUGUGCCUUCCUACAACUGUGCGAGUCGUCCGACCAGACCCUAUCCAAAAACAGCUGCAGCCCCGACGACCAUCAGAAGGAUGGCAGCCAAUCGUCUGAGAGCCGUCUGGAUGAGAGCCAGCCAAUCCUGAAUCUGGGAUCUGGACUAGAUGCAGAGGAACCAAAAUUCACAGCGGACUGGAAGGUGCGGGCGAGACACGUGCUCCCUAAGUGUCGGAACAUCGCGGCUCUGAUGAUCAAGACGAUGGUGCGGAUGAAGAGAAUGCCAGGGUUCCUGUGCUUCCAGUUCUUGUUGCCGGCGAUCCAGAUCUCUCUGAUGUGCCUGUGCAUCGGAGGGGACCCCCGCGCCAUCCCUGUUGCCGUGGUGAACAACGAGACCAGCCAGUCGUCCCUCAGCCGAUCUCUGCUGUCCUUCCUGGACAACACCAGUGUGCACCAGGUGCCCAUGUCACACGCGGAGGCCUUUGCUGGGAUUCGGGGCGGAGAGUAUUGGGGCAUUUUGGGUUUCGGAAAAAACUUUUCCAGCUACCUGAGGAGGCGAGUGCUGCAGACCAAGGUGCCUGUGGAGAUUGUAGAGGGGGGCUCUGUGCAUUUGUGGCAGGAUUUCACCAAUCGACAAAUUGCUCUGAUGCUCCAGAAAAAGCUUGAAGAAGCAUUUCAGAGCUUUGUGAAGGUUCAGCUGGGCAGCAUGGCUUACCUGGCCGCCCUGCCAAUUAAGUUUGAGGAGCCUAUCUACGGCAGAAAUGACUCAGACUUCACUACCUAUGUGACUCCGGGAGCCAUUUUGAGCAUCACCUUCUACCUGGCUGUGGGUCUGACCGCCCUCUCCUUCGUCCUGGAGAGGAAGGAGGGACUGCUGGACCGGUGCUGGGUGGCAGGUGUGAGCUCUCUAGAGACCAUGUUGGCUCACCUCCUCUCCCAGCUCUUUGUCAUCAGCGUCCAGAUCAUCCUGCUUCUGCUCUUCACUCUCCUAGUCUUCAAGACACCGAACGAGGGCUCGCUGUUCUUGGUCAUCCUGCUGAUCGUACUGCAGGGCGUGGCGGGCAUCGCCUUCGGCCUGGUCAUCUCCGCUGCCAUCGACGACGAGCAGUCGGCCAAUCAGGCGGCCCUUGGCAUCUUCUACCCCAAUCUCAUCCUCAGCGGCAUCCUCUGGCCUGUGGAGUGCAUCCCCUAUCCACUGCGCUACCUCAGCCUGGUGCUGCCACAGACCUACGCCUCUGAGGCCCUGCGCUGUAUCAUGUUCAGAGGAUGGGGCAUCUCACAUAUGAUGGUGUGGCGCGGUUUUGCAGUAACCCUUGGAUGGAACAUGUUCUUCCUCAUCCUGGCCACAGUCAUCCUCAAGUUCCGGACUUGAAUGCCCCAAGCCCGGGAAGAUGCACCGGGCUUGGGGGCAAGACAGUAGGCGAGACCCAGGCUCCAUGGGGUGUCCCAGGCCCCAACCCUGAAACCCAGAGGAUACCACAGCUCCUCUGCUUUACUGUUCUGCGGGGGGUGCACUGGACACAGGUCCACUGCACCCUCCUGAACACAACGCUGUCUAGGCUACAAGGCCAUGGUGCUACAGAAAAUAAGCACCAGAGAAAAUUACCUCAGGAUCUCUCGGUCUCCUCAGAAAAUGGCUCUAUUGUCCUACUGCCAUUCCACAAGGCCCCUUCUGUUUCAUUACUGUGAUUAUAUGUAAUUAUGUAUAUGUAUAUUUUCCUCUGACUUACAUACAUUAUAUACUGAACAUAUAACAGUGAACUGUGUGUAGGUUAGAUCGUUAGUAUUAUGGGAAGGCUGGUUAUGUGUAAGGAGAUAUUUAGAAAAGUGGGUGCGAGCUGUAGACCCCAGCUGGCUAGCCCAGAGAAAUAGCCGUUCCCGAGGUUCACUGGAGCAAGUAACCCUUUCCAGGUCGCUGCCACGGUUACCAGGUGCUCUGAGCACACAGUGUACUCUCGUGCUCAGUAUUUUACCGUCCUGUUUGUCCGGGGUGUCCGGCCUGUCCUUCUCCGUGUGUCUGCCGUGUGCCUGUCCGCCCCAUGGGAAAGGGGGGCUGCGGGGGGCUGCGUGGCGCGAGUAGGCCAUAAACUCCUGGUGAGGUUUAACCUUCUACAGUGCCCCCUUGUGCUGGCCAGAAGCUAGGCUACUGGGUUAGCCAAAACCAGGAAUGGCCCUCCUGCUAGCAGCACAGCCAUACGCUCCUCGCUCUUGUUGUGAUAGUGCGUAUUAUACGGUGGUGUUGAGCGGGCUUAUUUUUUUGUAUGCCGUUGAGAAAAUUCUAUGAAAAACCCAACAAUGUUUACACUCGGGUGCCUAUGACAGUGUUGGAGAGAACGUUUGGAGGGCCUGGACUGGUUCCAGCCAGAAACAAUCUAGUCUGUUUAAGGUCUUGCGUUUCUGUUUUUAAAUAGUGGCCAUUUUAUUGUGCUUCGGGCUGAGUGUAAGCCGCAUGAGUAUCACAAAAUGCUGCAAGGUCAGCUGCUACCUUAAAACAGUGAAAUUAUUUGUAUCCUCUGGAUUUUUACUUUUACUCUUACUAUUAGCAACUAUUGCAGACAUUUUAGCACACAAAAUUUACUGAAUAAAAUAAUAUCGUGAUGUAUUAUGUAUUUAGGAAUGUCUGAUGAAAUAGAAUUGAAAAAAUAUUAAAGUAGCAUGCUUUGUGAUUUAUUCUGCGUGGGGGUGAAGGUCAAGACUUGGGAAACAGUGCCAAAUGCCAAAAGAAUAAAUAGAAAUUUACGGACAGGGGGGUUCAAGAAGGUUUCCCCACCUUGAAUGAUGCAAACGAGGAAAAAGAUGCAUGUAUUGAGGGGAAGAACCCCACCUGAGCUGUGAUGUAGGAACAGACCUUGAAUAACUAGCCCCACUCCUCACUUGCUGCUCUUGUUGAUAUUGCUGAUGAGUUGUUCUUGUUGCUGUUACCAGACACAUUAUAUUUAAAGGGACAGUAGCACAUUCUCCAACUUGGUUUUGCAUUUGGCGCUGGGCUUUCCUUUGUGUGUACUCCACCAGUUGCUUUCACUGAGAUGUUUCGAGUCGGUCUUCCCAUAUCCCUGCAGUCUUAGCCUGGGAGAGCUUAUCCCUAGCCUGCACUGGGAUUGUAGGAGUUUCUGGCUGUUCUCAAAGGCCCACAUGUAUCAGCAUUCUCUUCCUGGUUUUUACUAAACGUUCGCAAAGAGAGCAAUGACGUAGGUUUUUUGAAAAAUCCCUGACCUGCUCCCCAGAGCCCAGUUCCGCAUCCCCCUCCGCCUCUUGUGGUCCGCUCAUGUAUUAACAUUUAGCAUCUAAUAAUUAUGCGAAAACAUACGUCACGUGGGAAAUCUUUUCACAAACAGCUUGGAAAAAUAGCAGUUAUUGCAAUCGUUUUACUUGGAUCAGUAUAGACACAAAUCAAAAGGUCCAGUUCAAAAACAUGAAGGCCCUUUCAGAUUCAGAAAAUGACAAACUAGCAGGAAACAUAAUUGUCAUGGGUUUAACAGGUUUGACUCUGUUAUAAAGAGAAGUGGAUGUUUUAGAUUAUGUGGUUAAUGCCAAGCUAAUAAAAAAAUGUCCAGCAACAAUCCUGCUAUGUCCAGUGAGUGUCAUGCACCAUGUGGUCUACAUUUUAGUGAAAAUUCUAAUUCUCUAGCCCACCAAUUCUACAAAAAAAUCUAUUUAUUGUGAUGCCAAUACCUUGGAAAUACUGUAUGUACUGAAUUCUGAGACAUUAAUAAAUUAACACACCCACAAAAUGUAUAGUCAUAUAGACUAGUGGACGUGCACAGGGCAGUGUUGGAAGUCCCAGCUUGAGUAUGAUUUCACAUUCCUAACUGGAGAGAGAAGCAUAAAAAAGUGAUGAAUCCCUGUCAAUAAGCUACCUCUGCAUAUCUCUCCUACCCUGCCUGUUCCUACUUAUCGGCAAUACACAUGUUCCAUGAGAAAAUACAAACUGAUGUAUGUCUUUUGAAAAACAAUAAACCUUUAUAAGAAAGA